CUUAAAUCAUGCUCUACGUUAUUUAUCGCCGCUCUCAGUGAAAACGAAAGCCCGUCAUCCAGCGAUAUCAUGAAUAUCUUGGGCAGCGUCGGCUUCGACGUAGAUGAUGAUAAACUUAACAUUGUCAUCAAGAAGGGAAAGAACUUGGAAGAAGGAAUUGCGGCAGGAAAUGAAAAAAUUGCAAGCGUACCAUCUGGUGGUGCUGUUACUGCCUCUAGUGGUGGUGCGGCAGCCGCAGAUGAGGCCCCCAAAGAAGAGGCGAAGAAAGAGGAGUCUGAAGAAGAGUCCGAUGAUGGCAUGGGAUUCGGGUUGUUUGUAAAACUAAUAAAGAAUCCUCUACGAAAAAAAAGUUGGUUCUGCACCAAGCAGACACUUAACAAACAUUACGAAGCUUGAUCGACCAGCUACACCAUUGUCAUGGUAUGUUAGCACGUUAUUGAGGAUAUUCUAAUGUCAACAUUUUAAAGCUUUCUAUAUUUUUCUACUUGUAACUUUCACUGUAUAUGAAAAGCAGCAUUCAGCUGAGAUUAAU